AUGGUGUCGCCGGACGCUAUCCGCACCGUCAUCGGCGUCAUAGGCAAUGGAACCGCCUUGGUGCUCUUCCUAUCCCCAGUGCCGACGUUCAUCAGUAUCUGGAAAAAGAAGACGGUGGAGCAGUACUCGGCGGUGCCGUACCUGGCGACGCUGCUGAACUGCAUGAUGUGGGUGCUCUACGGGCUCCCGCUGGUGCACCCGCACAGCAUGCUCGUCAUCACCAUCAACGGCACCGGCAUGCUCAUCGAGCUCACCUACAUCGCGCUCUUCCUCACCUUCUCCGUCGGCGCCGCCCGCCGCCGAGUCCUCCUCCUGCUGGUCGCCGAGGUCGCCUUCGUCGCGGGGGUCGCCGCGCUCGUCCUCUCCCUCGCCCACACCCACGACCGCAGGUCCAUGGUCGUCGGCAUCCUCUGCGUCCUCUUCGGCACCGGCAUGUACGCCGCGCCGCUCUCCGUCAUGAAAAUGGUGAUCCAGACCAAGAGCGUGGAGUACAUGCCCCUGUUCCUGUCCGUGGCCUCGCUCGUCAAUGGCAUCUGCUGGACUGCCUACGCCCUCAUCAAGUUCGACCUCUACAUCACCAUCCCCAACGGGCUGGGCGUGAUGUUCGCUGUGGGGCAGAUCAUCCUGUACGCCAUCUACUACAAGUCGACGCAGCAGAUCCUGGAGGCCCGCAAGCGCAAGGCCGACCAGGUGCCCAUGACCGAGGUCGUCGUCGACGGCAAGAGCGGCAGCGCCACCAACUCAGGCGCCGCCAACGGCCACUACUAG